CCAUGCCCCGCCUGCUCGUGCGUGCGUGCCUCGCCGCCACCGCUGCAGCCUCGCUCGCCCACGCCGCCCUGUCCCUCACCGACGGCAAGCUCUCGGUCGUCGACUCGGCCCUCGCCUCCGCAGUCGCCUCGUCCUCCUUCUCGUCCGACUCGCCGAGCCCGCUCCCACAGCGCGACCUCACCGACACGGACCACCUCAAGCUCUCCUUCACCCUCCUGCGCGACGGCGCUCCCUUCUCCCCGCAGCAGGCUGCAGUCGUCGUCCAACCGGCCAACGAGGCCGACCGUGCUCCCGGAAGGGACUGGCAGGGCACCGCAAAGGUCCGCUCGGCGUCGGGCAAGGGUCGCUGGGAGCUCGACCUCGCACACGCCCCGGCCCAGCUCCUCGCCCUCGCCUCGUUCGCCCCGCUCGACCUCACCCUCGUCGUCGGCCACCCGCACGAGUCGCCCCUCGUCCUCCCGCUCGCGACCGUCACCAUCCCGUCCUCGCUCGCGCUCCCCUUCCCCUUCCCGCCCGACUCGGCCCUCCCGCCCCACUGGGAGGCAGAGCGCUACCAGCGCAUGCCCGACCUCGAGUGGACCUUCCGCACGCCCGACAAGCGCGUCGGCAAGCCUGUCGCGCUCGUCGGCUUGGCCUUCGUCCUCAGCCCCUGGGUCGUCCUCGCCGCCACCCUGUCCCCUCUCCUUCCCUCCCUGCGCCUCUCACCCCCGCGCACCCUCUCCCUCACGCUCCUCCUCGCCUCGCUCGCCGCCUUCGAGCUCCUCUUUGCCCUGUACUGGGUCCGCCUCCGCCUCUUGCCCACCCUCCCCGUCUUUGGCGCGCUCGCCGCGUUCGCGGCGUGGGUUGGUCGGGGCGCACUCGGCGAGAUGAGGGAGAGGAGGAGGGAGGCCGAGAGGCGCGAGGCGGGCAAGGACGAGUAA